AUGAUGCAGUUUCAGUUCAACUCAAGCGGAACCUAUGUUUUCACUCCAACAUACAUCCACUACCAUGGGUUGCUGUUGAUUCUACCAUUACUGUUUGGGAUGGUUGGACUUGUUGGAAAUGUUCUCGUCCACUGGAUAAUAAGAAAGAUUUCCUACAGCAAGAACAGCGUCACAGCCAAAAGAUCAUUCGGAAGACCCUACUUGACCAGAUAUUUUCUACAAAGUUUGACAAUCUCGGAUAUAUUAUGCUCAAUUUUUGGUUCUGCAAUGUUUUCUUUGCAGAUUUUUUACGAUGUGCGACAGAAUCUCUGGCUUUGUCGACUUGUUCGGUUCACUUUYUAUAUGUUCCCAAUGGUUACUAUGAACAAUCUCUUGGUUAUAGCAGUCGAGCGGUAUUUUGCUAUUUUCCAUCCGUUUCGUACACCAACAUCUAAUGUUAUCAAGAUUGUAGUAAUUCUUGCUUGGCUGGGUGGAAUCAUUAGCGCGGGCAGUUUGACAACGAUGGUUCAAUUAGUACCCUAUAAACUCGACGAAACAAAUUGGACUUACGCCUGUGUUCCAUCCGCCAACAUCGCAUGGGAAAAAGUAUUUUUUAUUUGUUUAAGCCUGUUCCAAUAUUACAUCCCAAACCUGAUUCUCAUAUUCGUUUCUUUCUCGAUUGUGCGGUUUCUUCAUAAACGCAAAUCGGUCAUCCAAGCUGGAAAGCUGCGUUGCAUCAAUAAUUCUUUAGCAUGGCGCUUGGUAGGAACAAAAAUGUUCCUCAAAGUAUUUUUAGCAUUUUCUUUACCUUACUCGAUAUUCUUUUGCUAUAGCUUGAUGAAAUUUUCAUUAAAUUUUAAACUUAGCUAUGGCAAUGACUACAUUAUUCGCUAUAUUUGUGGUUUGSUUGCUCUCUUGAACAGUUCAAUGAAUCCAUUUAUUUACAUUGGACACUCUCAGCUUUUUAAAUCCAACAUGAAGAAGUUGCUUGAAAACUCACCUUGUUUUAAGGACAGAACCACAAGCAAAGAUACAGUGUUUGCACUUAAUUCAAGCUACAACAAGUAUUGUAYAUCUGCAAUUGAGCUCAAGCAAAUACGAAUUAUGAAUUUAACGAACAAAUAGCAAGUUUCCUCACCUACAACCAGGCCAUAACAACUGCUCAGUUUAGCCAGAAAGCCUUGCCGGAGGAAAACAACAACAGCAAAUAAA